AUUAAAACUUCAUCCGUUUUAUGUUUGGAGAAUAUAAAUAAAAAUAUAUUCGUUAAACUACGGGUUUUUAAUUUAGCUGCGUAAGCAGUGUACAACGCACAACGAGCAUAAGCAAGCAUUUCACACCUGCACAGCACAACCAGUGAAAUUACUACAACAACAACAACAAAAAUAUUCAUCCACAAUGUCUGUUAGCGUCAAUGAGUUUCUCAAGGGCCUGCCCUGCCAUGAUUCCAGCAAUUUUUCGCAUGUAAGCCACGAGCACGGGAUACGAACGUCCCAGAAGCGUGCUUCUAUCUAUUUGCCAACCGAGGAUGUGCCGUCGGAGCAAUUGAUUGUUAUGGACAAGAGAUGUGUGCUAUUGCGUUAUCUUACCCAACAGUGGGACAAAAAGACGCUACAACGAAAACGCGAGCAUGGCAACGAAAGCAGCAACAAUACUAAUUCUACGCCCAACGGAAAUAAUAGCAAAAAACGUCCACGCUUGGAAAAUAACGAGCUUAACUGAGGGGCUAACAACCAGGAGGCGAUCACCUAUCUUAAUCAUCGUGGAUUCUGCCAAUAUCGCUUUAUCAAAACAAACACGAACAUGCACACAUUCAUACAUACUCGUGAAGAGAAGCCGUAAACACAUAAUACCGUUAAAAUUCUAAAAUUAGGCAGACUUCUGGGCAAAUCAUUUGUUCGUCUGACCAGAGUGUAAGUUUAACCAUUGUCCGUAAGAAUAAAAUCGCUACAAUGUAA